GGAUGCACGCUGUUCUUGGUGGGGUUCUUACUGCCUUGCUGUACCCUGAGAAACCAUUGUCAGCCCUGUGAAAACCCGGGACAGACGUAAACCAUGCGGAUCGUGUACCUGCUCCUCCCCUUCAUCCUCCUCCUGGCCCAGGGUGCUGCAGGAUCCUCCCAGGCUCUAGGAAGGAAGUCAGAUUGUUUUCGAAAGAGUGGCUUCUGUGCAUUUCUGAAGUGCCCUUCCCUCACUCUCAUCAGUGGGAAAUGCUCAAGAUUUUACCUCUGCUGCAAAAGAAUAUGGGGCUGAAGAGCCAGACAUCCCAAGCAGGACAUCACCCUGGCUUCUCGCUUCUGGAAACUUCCCCCAUUGACCUCUCCCCUUCCCACCUCUGCAGUCUCCCAUGGUGUGAGCGUGGCAGUAGAAGUUGGAGACAUCCCACCAUGGGCCUGCAGUUGUUUGGCCAGUUGCUGCUUUUCCCUGCUGAAUAAAGGUGUGCAGUUUAGCAUUGCA